CAAUGAUCGAGUGAUCUCUGCUCCACAGCCUGCAUCUCGUCGUCACACAGAGAUUUCCCCCCCUGCUGCAUGCGUAACAUCUCUCCAGGUCCAGCCGUGGCGCUCACCUCGCCGCCUGCAUCUCCGCUUCCCACACGGAUCACGCACGACUCACGCACAGCGAACCGCUGAGGCGAGGGGAGAAAAAGGAGAAAAAAAACCGCCAGGCAGGAUUUACCUCCGCGGGUUGAGUCCGGCGCAGGAGCGAGGCUGGGAUUUCCUCCCAUCAAUUCAUCUUUUGACAGAUCCUCUCGUCGUGCGCGCGUGCGUGCGUGCGUGUGUGUGUGUGUGUUCGUUGGGUGGAGUCAAUCCGGAAUUCUCCAAAUUGGAAAACCUUUGGCACAUUCCAGGAGCACCAUGAAGGACGGCAUCGCCAACAACAGCACAGCGAGCAUCUCCCAAGCCAGGAAAGCUGUGGAGCAGCUGAAGAUGGAGGCCUGCAUGGACAGGAUAAAGGUGUCCAAAGCCGCUGCAGACCUGAUGGCGUACUGCGACGCUCACAUACGUGAGGACCCGCUCAUCGUGCCUGUCCCCGCCUCCGAGAACCCGUUCCGGGAGAAGAAGUUCUUCUGCACCAUCCUCUGAUGAGCUGCCGGCAGAGUUCCUUGGGUGCAGGCGUUGCCUGGCUUCUCUGUCUUCUCCACAACUGAAGCUUCUGGCCAUGGGCAUUGAGGAGAGGUUUGCCUGGUGGACACUCUGUUGUUGGUCAGCUCUGUCCUGGUGGCUGAAGGAUUUGGGGGAGUCAGGAACCAAACUGGCAACCCAGUGAGCGUACCAUGUCUUGUUAAAUAGGUUUGUUAUUGCUUUGUUAUUAGAGAACAGCCUUGCUCAGUGCUUAAUGAGAUGAGAGAUGUUUUUUUUUUCUUUUGUUGUGCUAGAUCUUAUCGCCUCAGGAAACUGACAUUUGUGCCCAGUAUUAGUUAUUUUUCUUUAUCACAACAAGCAUGAGUUUUUGUAUGAAACCUAAAACGGUAGGAAGCAAGAUUUUUUUCUUUUUUUUAUGUUCUCCGGUGCAGAAAGUAGCUCUGAAAUUGGACUUGCAGAGUCACCAACACUGAAGCUGCUUGUUUCAGUGCUGCAGUGCAGCAUCCAGCUGGAACAAAGAAACUUCAUCUUGCAAAGUAAAUAAUUUUACUCCGAAGGAAAAAAGGAGGGAGUGCAUGUGGCUUUAUUUAGGGUGCAGUGAUAAAGUUUUGAGCAAGCCCUAAAACAAUAGAUGAAUCUGCCACAUCCUCCUGGAGUUGACUCCCCAGCCUCCCCUUCAGGUGAUCCUGCUGGAUGUCUUGGUUUCCUGGGCAUGUUUCCUGAUUUUUAUUUUUAUUUUUUUUGCCUGUCCUGGAGUGAAUGGCGAGGCCUUUGACAUUACUGGAAGGCCUGCAUGUUUCCCCGCUCCUCUUUGAUGGCCUCCUCUGUUUCCGAGGGACUCUCAGUCUUUUAGAGUGUACAGUAUGUUUCAGUGCCAAUUUCCUGUCAGAGCGGAGUGAUCCUCACACCCAGCUCCUGCAGCCUUUCUCCCCCUCUCCAUUUCAUUUUUGGAAGAAAAAGCACACUUUCCUUUACAUGGUAGUUGAUAGCAUUUGCCGAUUUCUACGAUGACUUGUUAUGAUCGUUCUUAAUAUUGUUAUUAUCAGUAGUACUAUUGAAUAUUUGUUGCACAGCACUGACGGCUCCAUGACGUGUCGUGCUACUCAGCUUGUAUGAUACUUAGAAAAAAACAUUUAUAAAUCAUGCAAUUAUUGUUACUAUCCGAGUAUUUUUUAAAGAAAAAAAAGGGUCGUUUACAUGAUAUGAUCCCCUUUGUCGGUUCGGGCUUUUUGCAUUUUUGUUGGUGAAAAAUAAAUAAAAUGAAAAAAAAAUUAUCCUCCCUCCUGAUACUUGAAUUAUCAUCAACAGGAUCAUUUCACGGUGGUCAGAAAGCCUGAGACGCCGCCUCAGGACUCUCUGACCUCGUCUUAAAAGUCGGUGCCAAAUCUGUACCCAGAAUCACAACAGCUAGAGAUGAAUAUUGCAUGGAUUUAUUUCUGUCUAUAAAGGAAAGAACUGUUAUGAAAAAUUGCCUCUUUAUUGACUUCCUGGGUGCUACUCUGCACAGAAGGAUCUCGUAGAGUCCGGAUUGUAGAUCAGUAUUGUUUAUUUUGGGUGGGUGGGGCUUAAUAAUUAAAAAAGCAGGCUUUGUUAACUCUGACAGAUCAAUUCAAUUAAAGGAAAACAAUAUCCCAUUCA